CAACGACCCUUAGUUCUAUAUUCGCUACAAGAAUUUGCUAUUUUCGUGUCCUUAAAAAUGUUUAGUCUAUAUAAUUCUCGUUUUUCACCAAAAAUAGAAAAAAGAAAACCAAUGGUUUCUGUUUGCCUUUCUUUCAUUAUAGGCUCUGUAUCCACAACAAUCAUCUAUUAAGCAAAGCCAUUAAGCCAUUUCCAAGGUUUUUCCAUCACCAUGACCCGAAAAACAAUGGAGAAGCCUUAUGGCUGCUUCCUCCUCCUUUUCUUCUUCAUAAUUCAUGUUCUUAUACAUUCAGGAACCGCUCUCACCGAUGAGGAAGCUUCAUUCCUCACGAGACGCCAACUUUUGGCGUUAUCAGAAAACGGUGAUCUUCCCGACGACAUGGAGUAUGAAGUCGAUUUAGACCUCAACUUUGCUAAUAACAGGCUUAAAAGGGCUUACAUUGCUCUUCAAGCUUGGAAAAAGGCAGUGUACUCUGAUCCUUUCAACACGACAGCUAACUGGUUCGGUCCGAACGUGUGUUCAUACAAAGGCGUUUUCUGUGCACCCGCGCUUGAUGACCAGAGCAUAAUGGUUGUGGCCGGAAUCGAUCUCAACCAUGCGGACAUAGCCGGUUAUUUGCCUCCCGAGCUAGGUUUAUUGACCGAUGUGGCCUUGUUUCACGUGAAUUCCAACAGAUUUUGUGGAGUUAUCCCGAAAAGCUUUUCGAAACUGACGUUAAUGUAUGAAUUCGACGUGAGCAACAACCGUUUCGUCGGUCCGUUUCCGACGGUUGCUCUCUCUUGGCCGUCUUUGAAGUUCUUGGACAUAAGAUACAACGACUUUGAAGGGAAAUUGCCACCAGAGAUCUUCGAUAAAGAUCUCGACGCCAUUUUCUUGAACAACAAUAGAUUCGAGUCGAUCAUCCCGGAGACAAUUGGUAAAUCGACUGCUUCCGUUGUUACCUUUGCGCACAACAAAUUCACCGGUUGUAUCCCGAAAACAAUCGGUCAGAUGAAGAACCUCAACGAGAUUGUGUUUAUUGGAAACAACCUAGGCGGUUGUUUCCCGAACGAGAUCGGUUCGUUGAACAAUGUGACUGUGUUUGAUGCGAGUAGCAAUGGGUUCGUUGGAAGUUUACCGUCGAGCUUGUCAGGGUUAGCCAACGUGGAACAGAUGGAUUUCUCGUACAAUAAGCUCACUGGGUUUGUCUCAGACAGCAUUUGCAAGCUACCAAAAUUGUCCAACUUCACGUUUUCUUACAACUUCUUAACGGAGAGGCUCAGACAAGUCGAAGCACCAACACCAACAACACAUGUUGUUGAAGCACCGGAAAAAUCACCAUCAUCUUCAACUCUACCACCGGUUGUAACUGCACCGCCACCGGGAAAUAACGACGGCGGCGAUGAUUUUAUCCUCCCACCAAACAUCGGAUUCCAAUAUGCAUCUCCACCACCGCCAAUGUUCCCAGGCUACUGA